UUUUUGAGACACUGCAAAACAAGUAGGACCUGUGUAGUGACGUAAGUGAAGAGAGACGAAACGCUAGUAUAGCAGGCUUUAUACAACAGCUAGUGAAUCUCUUUUGUGUUAUUUACUAUUAAAUUGAAGUCAUGCCUAAAGUAAAAAGAAGUAAGAAACCACCCCCAGACGCUUGGGAGCUUAUUGAGCCUACUCUUGAUGAACUGGAUCAGAAAAUGAGGGAAGCUGAAACGGAACCUCAUGAGGGUAAAAGGAAAGUCGAGUGCCUUUGGCCUAUUUUCAGACUUCAUCACCAGCGAAGCCGCUAUAUAUUCGACCUCUUUUACAAAAGAAAGACCAUAAGCAGAGAGCUUUAUGAAUACUGCAUAAAAGAGGGCUACGCAGACAAGAAUCUAAUUGCAAAAUGGAAAAAGCAGGGGUACGAAAAUCUGUGCUGUCUUCGUUGCAUUCAGACCCGUGACACCAACUUUGGAACAAAUUGCAUAUGUCGGGUGCCCAAAAGCAAGCUUGAAGUGGGUCGCAUCAUUGAGUGCAGUCACUGUGGGUGCAGGGGCUGCUCUGGAUGAUUAAGCUCAUGAUGUUUUGACACUGACUGUGCUUUCAUUCCAGAUUGCUUGUUUCACUAUCCUUUAGAUGUCUUUAUUUGUGUGUUUGUUUUUUUAAAUGUAAUUUAAUUUUCUGCCACCUUUUUAACUUUUUUCCUUUCAUUGUUAAUAAUUAUUACAUUGUAAAUAUUUUACUGGCAUUUUCUCCAUGGGAUGAAUUAUAACAUGAAAUUGAGUGCUAUACAUGCAGUUAAAAGACAAUAGCUGGCCACUUUAGGUACAUAUUUCUCAUUGGUGUUGCACUGGCAAGAGAUUUCCUUCUGAAAUUGUUUGUACUACUAAGUUGUUUUUUUUUUUUUUUCUCUCUCUAUACAUUGUGAUUAUCCAUUUUACUGUAAAAGAAUUGGGGUAGAAAAAUUAUGGAACCUAGUUAAUUAGUGCAAUUUUGUCUUAUGUAGAAUGGGGACUUGUCUGAUUUAUAUUGCUAUAACAGUCUCAAACUAUUGGAAUCCUGGAGACAAAUUAGCUUAAGAGCCACUUUACCUAUGUUCUCACUUGAUUCUUAAAUCCACACAUUCCUUCUAAGAGUUCAGAGAGCAAACUUCUACAUACGAAGCAACAGUGAUGUAAUACCAAGGCAACUGCAAGAAAAGUGUUCAUCAUGGACAAACCAUGACCAGCAAAUGUUUAAUUUUUCAUGCAGUAACAUCCAGAAUUAAAGGACUAAAUGAACAGA